AUGCUCUCGACGACCAACUCAGCAGCAGCAGCGCGUCUACCACUCCUCAGAUCACCACACCUCUGGCGCGCAAGCACAGCAGCCGCGCGUAACGCCGAAGCGCGCCAUGCCAUAGCGUCGGCGUUAACACUUGGCGUAGGACGCGGGCAGAGCGUACGCGGGUACGCUGUUAAUCCGCCAAAUGGAGGAGGUGGGAAUAAUGGAGGGGGAGGAAUGGGACCGUUUGGGUUUCCUGGGAUGAGGAUGGCGCCGGAGGGUGGGAAGGGCGAGGCGUUGAAGGAGUACAGCGUGGACUUGACGGAGAUGGCGAAGGAGGGGAAGCUGGAUCCCGUCAUUGGCCGUGACGAAGAAAUACGCCGUACCAUUCAAAUCUUAUCCAGGAGAACAAAGUCGAACCCGGUCCUCAUCGGCCCGCCCGGUGUCGGCAAGACGGCGAUCCUGGAGGGUCUCGCCUCGCGCAUCGUAUCCAAAGAAGUGCCCGAGUCCUUGCACAACAAGCGCGUGCUUGCCAUUGACUUGUCGGCGAUUAUGGCUGGCUCGGGUAUACGCGGACAGUUCGAGGAGAAGUUCAAGGCGCUCGUGAAGGAUAUCGAGGAGCAGGCGGGCGAGGUUAUCUGCUUCAUUGACGAGCUACACACACUAUUCCAGCUUGGCAAGGCAGAGGGCAGCAUCGAUGCAGGUCAAAUGAUCAAACCCGCACUGGCUCGCGGUCUACAGCUCGUAGGCGCCACAACGCCCGACGAAUACCGCAAAACAAUAGCCAAAGACGCCGCCCUCGAGCGCCGCUUCCAGCCCGUCUCGAUCGAGCAGCCCUCAGUAGAAGCGACAAUCUCCAUCCUCCGCGGCCUCAAACCCCGGUACGAAGUCCACCACGGAGUUGAGAUCUCCGACGGUGCACUGGUCACGGCGGCUGUAUACAGCGACCGCUACGUCAGCGACAGGUUCUUGCCGGAUAAAGCUAUCGAUCUUGUCGACGAAGCCGCAUCGUCGUUGCGUCUGGCUCAGGAGUCUAAACCCGACGAGCUGGAACGGUUGGAAAGGCAGAUUAUGACGCUGCAGAUUGAGCUUGAGUCGCUGAAGAAUGAGACGGACGUGUUCUCGCUUGAGAGGAAGCAGUCUGUCGAUAAGGAGCUGGAGGAAAAGAGGAAAGAGGCGGAUAGGCUUACGAAGGUCUGGCAAGAGGAACGCGCCCGCCUCGAACGAGCCAAGAACCUCAAAAAGACGCUCGAAGACACGCGGCACCAACUCGAAGUGGCGCAACGCGAAGGCAACUACGAGCUCGCAUCUCGCCUGCGAUUCAGCACCAUCCCCGAACUUGAACGCCAACUACCUGAGAACGAGCAUACUGCCGCCUCAGAAGAAGAGAGCGGGACGAUGCUACACGACCGUGUCACUUCGAACGAUAUCGCGCGUGUGGUGGCGAAAGCGACGGGUAUACCCGUGCAGAACUUGUUGAAGGGCGAACGGGAUAAACUUGUACAUAUGGAAGACGUCCUCCGCUCACGCGUCGUCGGCCAAGACCACGUCGUGCACUCCAUAUCCGACGCAGUCCGCAUAUCCCGCGCGGGCCUUCAAGCGCCCAACCGGCCCGUCGCCUCCUUCCUCUUCCUCGGCCCCACAGGCGUAGGCAAGACCGAGCUCUGCAAAGCGCUCGCGGGAUUCCUGUUCGACGACGAACAGCGCGGGCUGAUUACGAUCAAUAUGUCCGAGUAUCAUGACCGGCAUACGAUCUCGCGGUUGAUUGGGGCCGCGCCGGGGUAUGUCGGGUUCGAGGAGGGCGGGCAGUUGACGGAGGCUGUUAGGCGGAAACCGUAUGCUGUGAUUCUACUGGACGAGUUGGAGAAGGCGCACAAGGACGUGGCGAUGAUCCUCCUCCAAAUCCUCGACGAGGGGUCCGUGACGGACAGCCAAGGCCGCAAAGUGAACUUCAAAAACACGAUCAUCUGCCUCACGUCCAACCUCGGCUCCGACAUCCUCGCGCACCCCACCGCAUCCGACGCAGACGGCAAAGUCACGCCCGAGGCCCAGCGCGAGGUCCUCGAGCGCACGCAGGAGUACUUCCCGCCUGAGCUGCUCAACAGGCUGGACUCGAUGCUGGUGUUCAACAAGCUCUCGCGGCAGUCUAUACUGUCUAUCGUCGAUCUGCGCUUGAACGACGUCGCGGAUCGGUUGAAGCAGAGGCGCAUCACGCUCGAUGCGGAUGAGGGCGCUAAGAGCUGGUUGGCGGAGCAUGGGUACAGCGAUAUGUAUGGCGCGCGGGCUAUUGCGAGGGUGGUCCGCUCGCAUGUGUUGUUCCCGCUCGCGCAGAAGCUGCUUUCUGGCACCAUCAGGGAUGGUGAUGUUGUCAGGAUCAGGAGGAGCGAUGAUGGGAAGGAGUUGGUUGUGGAGGAGAAUCAUGAGGCCGAUGCGGGCGGGAGUGCGGUUGAGGAAGCGCCCGUCGCCGGUGCGGUUGCUUGA